AUGGGACAGAGUCAAAGGAUUGAUUCAGCAGAGUUUGGAGGAAGCAUAAGAACCUCAUUCCGAAGUCAUGAGCCUAGUUUUCAUAGCAUUUCAACUGGGAACGCCAAUCAGCUUAGAAAUGAAAAUGAUGAAGAUGCAUUGCAAUAUUGGGCUACUAUUGAGAGAUUGCCAACUCUUGAACGGAUUACUACUGCUUUAAUGGAGGAACAAGAUGGCAGAAAUGGAAAAGGAGAUGCUAUGGGGAAAAAAGUUUUUAAUGUUGCCAAACUUCAAGCUCAAGAACGGCAUAUGUUCAUUGAAAAGCUCAUCAAGCACGUUGAAAAUGAUAAUCUCCUAUUGCUGCAGAAACUUAGGAAAAGAAUUGACAAAGUUGGUGUACAUUUGCCCACCGUAGAAGUGAAGUACAGAAAUCUUUGUGUUGAAGCAGACUGCGAGGUAGUUCGUGGCAAGCCUCUUUCCACUUUGUGGAGCACUGCUAAGAGCAUUCUCUCUGUGAGUUCCUGCGGGUUUGCCAAUCUGUUGGGUUCGAAACAAAGAACAAAGAUCAGCGUCCUAAAAGAUGUCAGCGGCAUUAUUAAGCCAGGAAGGAUGACUUUACUGCUGGGCCCUCCAGGAUCUGGCAAAACCACUUUUUUGAAAGCUCUCUCUGGGAAACCUGGCAAUUCUCUCAAGGUUGGAGGGGAAAUAUCUUAUAAUGGUCACAGAUUGGAAGAGUUUGUUAUUCAGAAAACUGCAGCUUAUGUAAGCCAAUAUGAUAUGCAUAUACCAGAGAUGACAGUGAGGGAGACGGUUGAUUUUUCUGCACGCUGUCAGGGCAUAGGAAGCCGAGCUGGUAAGAAUUCUUUGGCAACACCAGAAAUAUCAUUAGAAGGAGUGAAAAGUACCCUUCAAACAGACUACAUUUUGAAGAUUCUUGGAAUUGAUAUUUGUGCCGACACAAUGGUUGGGGAUGCUAUGAGAAGAGGUAUCUCAGGUGGACAGAAGAAAAGAUUAAGUACAGGAGAAGUGGUUGUGGGUCCAAUGAAAGCCCUAUUCAUGGAUGAAAUAUCAAAUGGCUUAGACAGUUCGACCUCUUUCCAGAUUGUGUCUUGUAUGCAGCAUUUGGCACAUAGUACUGAUGCCACUAUGUUGAUCUCACUUCUUCAGCCGGCACCGGAGAUCUUUGAUCUCUUUGAUGACAUCAUGUUGAUGGCAGAAGGAAUGAUUGUUUAUCAUGGCCCACGUUCUAGUGUCUACGAAUUCUUCGAGGACUGUGGGUUUAGGUGUCCUGAGAGAAAAUGCGUUGCAGACUUCCUUAAAGAGGUAAUCUCUAGAAAAGAUCAAGGACAGUAUUGGUACAGCACAGAACAACCCCACAGUUAUGUUUCUGUUGAACAGUUUGUCAAGAAAUUCAAAGCCAGCCAGCUUGGGCAGAUGCUGGAUGAGGAGAUCAUGAAGCCAUUUGAUAAGUCUAAAAGCCACAAGAGUGCUUUAUGCUUCAGAAAAUACUCAUUAUCGAAAUGGGAACUGUUCAAAGCUUGCAGCAUGAGAGAAUUUGUUCUCAUGAAAAGGAAUUCUUUCAUUUAUGUGUUCAAAUGUACACAGCUAGUGAUCAUUGCUUCAAUAACAAUGACUGUCUUCCUGCGCACAAGGAUGGCUGUUGAUGCGAUCCAUGCAACUAUCCUUAAAAUUCCACUUUCUUUUGUGGAAGCAUUUGUUUGGACAACUCUUACUUAUUAUGUUAUUGGUUACAGCCCUGAGGUUGGAAGGUUCUUGCGCCAAUUCCUUCUACUCUUUCUGGUACAUUCAACGUCAAUAUCCAUGUUUCGUUGUGUUGCCUCGCUCUUCCAAACUAUGGUUGCUUCAGUGACAGCUGGUGGACUCACUUUAUUGAUUGCUUUACUAUUUGGUGGAUCUAUAAUCCCAAAGCCCUCUAUGCCUGUUUGGUUGGAAUGGGGAUUUUGGAUUUCUCCGUUGGCAUAUGGUGAAAUAGGCUUAAGCCUGAAUGAGUUUCUUACUCCUAGAUGGGAAAAGACUGUGCCUGGUAACACAACCAUACAACAGCAAACUCUGGAAAGCCGUGGAUUGAACUUUCAAGGUUAUUUUUACUGGAUAUCAGUCGGGGCUUUAAUUGGGUUGACGGUGCUCUUCAACAUUGGCUUUGCUUUGGCUUUAACCUUCUUGAAAUCCCCAGGAAACUCUCGAGCUAUUAUUUCUUAUAAAAGAUACUAUCAACUGCAAGGAAAACAAGAUGAUGGUGCUUCUUUCGACAUAGAAAACGACAAGAAAUUCACCAGUGCUUGUCCUAAAUCUAGUCCAGGAGCUAAAAAGGGAAGGAUGGUUUUACCUUUUGAACCCCUUACUGUGACAUUUAAGGAUGUGCGGUACUACGUCGAUACUCCUUCGGAAAUGAGAAAACAUGGUUUUCCUCAGAAGAAACUCCAGCUUCUUUCAGACAUUACUGGUGCAUUCAGACCUGGCAUUCUCACAGCGUUAAUGGGUGUUAGUGGAGCCGGGAAAACAACUCUUAUGGAUGUUCUUUCUGGGAGGAAAACUGAAGGUACUAUUGAAGGAGAGAUUAGAAUUGGUGGGUACCCAAAGGUUCAAGAUUCAUUCGCUAGAGUAUCAGGUUACUGCGAACAAACCGACAUACAUUCCCCCCAAAUUACUGUAGAAGAAUCUGUGAUAUAUUCUGCUCGGUUGCGGCUCCCUCCUGAAAUUGACAUGAAAACUAAAUAUGAGUUUGUAAACCAAGUCCUUGAAACUAUUGAGCUUGAUGAGAUUAGAGAUGCUUUAGUAGGCAUUCCCGGAAUUAGUGGUUUAUCAAUUGAGCAGCGUAAACGACUGACAGUAGCUGUGGAACUUGUUGCCAAUCCAUCAAUCAUAUUCAUGGAUGAACCCACAUCAGGUUUGGAUGCAAGAGCAGCUGCAAUUGUUAUGAGAGUAGCGAAGAACAUAGUUGAAAUAGGAAGAACAAUUGUUUGUACCAUCCACCAGCCAAGUAUAGAUAUCUUUGAGGCAUUUGAUGAGUUGAUUCUAAUGAAAAUUGGUGGACGCAUAAUCUAUUCUGGACCGCUGGGUCAGCGGUCAAGCAAGGUCAUUGAGUAUUUUGAGAAUGUUCCUGGGGUGCCUAAGAUUAAGGACAAAUACAAUCCAGCGACAUGGAUGUUAGAGGUUACUUCUGAAUCUGCAGAGGCUGAUCUUGGUGUUGAUUUUGGUCAAGUUUACAAAGACUCCACCCUAUAUGAGGAGAACAAAGAGUUGGUUAAGCAAUUGAGUUCACCGACUCCAGGUUCAAACGAUUUGCAUUUUCCUACUCGUUUUCCGCAGAAUGGCUGGGAGCAAUUGAAAGCAUGCUUAUGGAAACAGAACUUGUCUUAUUGGAGAAGUCCUUCAUAUAAUCUUUUGCGCAUCGUCUUUAUGUCCUUUGGAGCCCUCCUGUUUGGCCUACUGUUCUGGCAGAAAGGAAAUAAAAUAAAAGACCAGCAAGACUUGUUCAAUAUCGCUGGCUCGAUGUACUCUAUCAUAAUAUUUUUCGGCAUAAACAACUGCUCUCCAGUCCUACCAUUUGUUGCAAGAGAGCGGGCUGUUUUGUACAGGGAAAGAUUUGCAGGAAUGUACUCUUCAUGGGCCUAUUCAUUAGCACAGGUGCUGGUUGAAGUUCCUUACUUGCUCAUUGAAGCAAUUCUUUAUGUGAUCAUCACAUAUCCUAUGAUUGGUUACUCCUUGUCUGCCUAUAAGAUAUUCUGGUCUUUCUAUAGCAUGUUUUGUAUGUUGCUGUUUUUCAACUACCUAGGAAUGCUGCUCAUAUCAUUGACACCAAACAUUCAAGUGGCCUCCAAUCUAGCUGCGUUUGCGUACACAACGCUGAACUUUUUCUCUGGGUUUAUCGUACCGAAACCAGAUAUCCCAAAGUGGUGGCUUUGUUUGUAUUAUAUAUGUUCCUCAUCUUGGACAUUAAAUGGUAUGCUCGCCUCACAAUAUGGAGAUGUGAACAAGGAAAUAUCAGUGUUUGGAAAGACUAUGACCGUUGCUGAUUUUAUAGGAGAUUACUUUGGGUUUCACCACAACUUUUUGGGUGUUGUUGGUGUUGUACUAAUCAUCUUUCCCAUUGUCACUGCUUCCCUUUUUGCUUAUUUCAUUGGAAGGCUGAACUUCCAGAGAAGGUAG